AUGGAUGAAAUAGCAUUAAUUGAAUCACCACAAUCAACGUAUAUAACACGAUCACGGAAUGCGACAUUGACAUGUCGAGCUGUUAAUGCUAGACGAAUACGUUUCAAAUGUAAUGGACGAUGGCUAGAUGAUUCACGUCAUAAUAUGUCACAAGGAACAGAUACUGCAACUCAUUUACCUUUCUAUAAGGCAACUGUUGAAAUUGAUCGUCAAGAAUUAAAUAUUCAUCCUGGCGAUUUCACGUGCCAAUGUUAUGCUUCCACUGAUUCUGACGUACAGGUGGUUCGUUCCGAAUCAGCGCAUGUUCGUAUUGCAUGUAAGUGA